AUGUCUUCAAAAACAGCUACUAAAGAAAAAACAAGUAAUGGACGAGAAAAAAAAGUUUCAGAUGAAGCAAUAGAAGAAAUGGUGCUAAUGCGCGACGAAGCUUCACAAGCACUCGUUAUUGUUUCUACUCGUAAAGUUUCAUCAAUUAAAAAAGUAUCAAAGUUGGUGCCAGGUACCAUAGUUACAAUGCAAGAUGCUUCUAGAGAGAGAUGGCGUGGGCCAAUUUUAGAUAUUGGCAAGUUUUACUAUUGUUUGAAUGAUUCUAUAAUGACGAACUUCUUUUUAGGAACAGAAGCACAAUGUGCAAAAACCAUGACUACUAUUGAAAAAAAUUUGGGAAUUUCAGGUAAAGAUACAUCUAUGUCAAAAAGCAAAGGAGGUGGAAAACUUCAAUCAACAAUAACGGUCGAAGAAAAAGAUCCUGAAGAGGUACAAUCAAAUCACGAUGAAGACGAUGAUAGUGGAUUGCUUUAUAUUCACGAUCAAGAAGAGGAAGAUGAAAACAAACAAGAAGAAGGAGAGAUAGAUACACAAGAAAAAGAGAACAAUUCUUCGUGGCUUCAAGCAACAACUAUUUCAAGCAUAUCCAAAAGUUCACGUGGUGAAAAACGACCGUGUGAUGAAAAUAUUAAUGAUUCAAAAAAGAAAAAAAAUUCAAAUAAAUCAUUAACUGUUUCGUAUUCUAUGUAUUCAGAAAAGGAACAACAAUGUCUUGUUCUUCAAUCUCAGGUUACAAUGUAUCAACAAGAAUGGAUGCCUCGGCCGAAAGAUCCGAAGGUGAUCAAAUAUCUAAUUGAUAUUACUGAUAUUCUACGUGGUAAAGUCGACGAAAAUGAUGAAGAACCAGGUGAAAUUUUAUUAAAAAUUAUGGAGGACUUUGACGUAAGUGAAAAAGAUUUACUAAUGUGUCAUCGAAAAACAGCAACACGAACAGCUCGUCAAAUCAUGAAAUUAUUAUAUCCAAAUCCUUCACCAAAUUUGAAAUUAAACAACAUUGAUGAAUAUGUAAUCAUUUCAAUUAUUAAAUAUACAAAACUUUCAAAUCCGAAUGAUAAAGUUAAUGAAGCAGAUAUUCGUCAUGCGAUAGGAAAUUACAUAGCAGUCCAUGCAUUUAAACAAAAGCAACUCAAAAAUGCCUCGUCCAAGAUCGUUACCAAAGACACAAAUAAAAAUAAUCAUUUUGAUUCAAAUAAUAGUUAA